CCAAACGGGUUGUCAAAGAGUUUUAGUUCCCAACCCGUCGGAAACCCCAUAAUCCUUAAUGGUAUAAACCUAAAACCCUAAAACCUGAUAUAGCAGGAGCACGAUCCAGAUCUUCCGAAUCAUUGGCGAAAACUCCGCGCUUUAGUUCUCUAAGAUUAAAAUGGGUUGGAAAGCAGCUGAGAAGCUUAUUAGGCACUGGAAAAUUCUUAGGGGUGACAAUGUAAUGAUAAUCAGGGGCAAAGAUAAAGGUGAAACUGGCAUUAUCAAACGCGUUGUUCGCUCUCAGAAUCGUGUAAUUGUUGAAGGGAAAAAUCUGGUAAAAAAGCACAUUAAGCAAGGUCCAGGUCAUGAAGGUGGUAUAUUUACUGUCGAGGCUCCCCUUCAUGCCUCAAAUGUUCAAGUUCUUGAUCCUGUUACUGGGAAGCCUUGUAAGGUUGGAGUUAAAUAUCUAGAAGAUGGAACUAAGGUGAGAGUAUCUAGAGGUAUAGGAGCUUCUGGGUCGAUAAUUCCUCGCCCUGAGAUCUUGAAGAUAAGGACUACACCAAGACCUACAGUUGCUGGUCCCAAGGAUACUCCAAUGGAUCUUGUGUUGCAGAAGACAUACGAUCCUAAAACCGGGGUGGGCAUGCCUGACCUUUAAAGAACCUUGUUCAAUCUCAUUCGAGGCACCAAACGUAUGGGGCAAAGAGGCUAUAGAGAUAUGGUCCAUGGUUCAGGGGCAUUUGCCUAUCAUCAAUAAUACUCUUGAUCAAGGUCUGCUUCUAGCGUUUAAUUUGGUUGGCAGAUCUUGCAAUUAAAUAUUUUGGAUUGUAUUUAAACGUCCGAGGUUAAACAGUUUACUAGAGUAUAGCUAUUUAUGGUGCCAUAUUUUCUUGCA